GCGAUUACGUAUCUCCUAAGGACGGCCAGUGUCGUUCGCGUAUAUAUAAAAGGUUACGGUCAGCGAGAAAGCUCGUGUAUUCCCUGAAACGGUGGAGGCGCGAUGAAAACGGAAUUCAAGUACUUAACGGGCUUUGGCUGCGAGUUUUCCAGCGAGGACGAGCGUUGCCCCGGCGCUCUGCCCGUCGGCCAAAACAAUCCUCAAAAGUGUCCUUACGGUCUGUACGCGGAGCAACUGUCCGGUACGGCGUUCACCGCUCCUCGAUCUCGAAACAAACGUUCUUGGUUCUAUCGGAUCAGACCGUCGGUCGUCCAUCGUCCGUUCGCGCCGAUCGGCCGCGAUACUCGUCUCGUCUACGAAUGGGACGCGACUCCUCAGACACCGAAUCAGCUGAGAUGGAAACCGUUCGACGUGCCGACCAGACAGGCCGUCGAGGUAGACUUUGUCGACGGUUUGCACACGAUAUGCGGUGCCGGUGACUUUCGCGCUCGACAGGGCGUCGCGAUUCACGUGUAUCUCUGCAACGCGUCCAUGCGGGACAGAGCUCUUUACAACGCGGACGGAGAUUUUCUUAUCGUGCCUCAAUUAGGCGCGUUAGUGAUAACCACCGAAUUUGGCAAGAUCCUGUGCGAACCGAACGAGAUAUGCGUGAUUCAACAGGGCAUGCGAUUCAACGUUACGGUUUUUGGACCGUCCCGUGGUUACAUCCUGGAGGUGUUCGACGAUCAUUUUCAACUGCCGGAGCUGGGUCCGAUAGGGGCAAACGGCCUGGCGAAUCCGCGAGACUUUCAAACGCCGGUCGCCGUUUACGAAGAUCGAGAAACCGAUUACGAGAUCGUAUGCAAGUACCAUGGUAAGUUGUACGUCGCCAGACAACGCCACAGCCCGUUCGAUGUAGUGGCCUGGCACGGAAAUUACGUUCCGUAUAAAUACGACCUCGCGAAAUUCAUGGUCGUCAAUACGGUUUCGUUCGAUCAUUGCGAUCCGUCGAUUUUCACCGUUCUGACGUGUCCCUCGACAAAAGCUGGCACCGCUGCGGCCGAUUUCGUGAUAUUCCCUCCUCGAUGGUCCGUGCAGGAGCACACUUUCCGGCCGCCGUAUUACCAUCGAAAUUGUAUGAGCGAGUUUAUGGGCCUGAUCAAGGGACAGUACGAAGCUAAAGAGGACAGCUUUCAUCCAGGCGGGGCAUCGCUGCACUCUAUUAUGACGCCUCACGGACCGGAUACGCGUUGUUUCGAUACCGCUUCGAACUGCGAGCUUAAACCGGAGCGCGUAGCCGAUGGAACUCAAGCUUUCAUGUUCGAAACGUCGUAUAGCUUGGCGAUAACCGAAUGGGCAGCGAAACUUUGCAACAAGUUGGACGACGACUAUUACAGAUGCUGGGAAGGUCUUAAAAAGCACUUCAACCCGUACAGGAAAUCUCUUUAAAGAUUUCAAUCGUCUUUUUCUCGUCGUUGUUUCCCGCGCGAUAGGAAACUUCCAUGUUUACUCUACAAUGUUUUACGAGGCUCGAACUUGUAGCGUAAACGAGUUAUGCUCAAAUUAUUCAAUUACGAACCGAUGUUGAUGCGCGAACGUCGAAUUUGCUUCGAUACAACGUCUGUACUUUAGCGUAUUUGGGUACCUGAGAUAUAUGUAUGUAUGUAUGUAGAACUGUUAUACCGCGAGAAUAAUAGGGAAGAUAAGAAUUUGUUCAUUUUCAAGGAAAUUUCAAGGAAAUUUCAAGGAAAUUGGAUUCGAACGAGUCGAAUAAAAUGGAUACAAAUCA